AUGGGCUUCUGGGACUGGGACGGCGGCUCCGUCAUCUCGCGGCGCUCGUCGCACCACCACUCGUCCUCGUCGAAGCACCACAAGCACGAUAAGCAUGACAAGCACCACAAGUCGUCACGGUCCAAGUCGAGGUCCAGGUCCCGCUCCCGCUCGAGGCACCACGGCAGCCAGAGCAUCGCCGGCUCCAUCUUCGGCGGCGACAGCCACUACCACAAGCACAACUCGAGCAAGUCGAGCUUCUUCGGCCUGCCCAAUGUCAGCACGCGCAGCUUCUUCGGCCUGAGCCGUCCCUCGUACUACAAGCGCUCGCCCCGGCCCUCCUUCAUGUCCCGCACCAUCAAGAAGGUCAAGCGCCUCCUGCGCGACCUCGUCUACUACGCCAAGCGGCACCCCGUCAAGGUCUUCAUGCUGGUCGUCAUGCCGCUCAUCACCGGCGGCGCCCUGACCGCCCUGCUGGCCCGCUUCGGGCUCCGCAUGCCCGCCGGCCUCGAGCGCGCCCUCGGCAUCGGCGCCAAGGCCAUGGGCGGCGACAGCAUUGGCCUUGUCGGCGAGGCGAUGCGCAUGGCCGGCGGGCUCGGCGGCGGCGGCGGCGGCAGCGCCCAUAUUGAGCGGGGCCGCGACGGCGGGAUGCAGUGGGAGCGGCGGAGCGUUGAGCGUGACUCCUGGGGCGGAGGCGGUGGUGGUGGUGGCGGCGGUUGGGGAGAUGUAGCGGGAAUGGUUGGGAAAUUCUUUUAA